AUGAAGUUCUUAGUUUUGGUGCUCUUUGUGACGGCGAUCCACGCCAAACACGAAAUAUACUCUGGGUGGAAAUCCUUCUUCGUCAAACCGGUGAGCCAUGAUCAACUGUCGAAAUUGACGACUAAGAUCCAAGAGUUUGAUCUCGACUUCAUAAGCAAGGCAGCGGUGAAUCGAGAAGGGAUUGUUCUGGUAAAGCCCCGAUACCAGGUCGACUUUUUGAAAUUCCUAAGAGAAGAGAACAUAUCCAAUCGUAUUCAUACUGAAAAUCUAAAACAACGAUUUGAUAUCGAUGACCAGAAAAUCGAAGCGAGAAAGCUAGCAACUCGUUCUUUAAACGGAGGCAGGUUACCUUACGACAACUAUCAAACUCUCGACGUGAUAUAUGAAUAUUUGGACAAAAUCGCUGAGAAUUAUCCAGAAACUGUAACUUUAGUUAGUUCUUCGAAAUCAUUUGAAGGUCGACCCCUUAAGUACUUGAAGAUUUCGAAGGAUAAAUUUGCAAGCAACAAACCAGUCAUCUACAUUGAUGCUGGAAUCCACGCCCGAGAAUGGAUCUCUCCCCCUACUGUCACUUAUGCCGUUCACAAACUGGUUGAAAACGUGACUGAGCCUGAUCUCCUAGAUAACUUCGACUGGAUUCUCUUUCCAGUCGUCAAUCCUGAUGGUUACGUAUAUUCUUUUGAAAAGGAAAGAAUGUGGCGAAAAACUCGUUCAACCGACGGGAGUAUUUUAAGCUGGAUCUGCCCAGGCGUCGAUGGAAACCGAAAUUUUAACUUCGAAUGGAACACAGUCGGUGUCAUCGAUAACAAAUGCUUCAACAACUAUCCUGGAAGUAAGCCAUUUUCCGAACCAGAAAGUAGAACUGUUGGUGAAAUAAUUGAAAAACAUCUUGAUCGAAUGGUUCUUUUUAUCACCAUGCACAGCUACGGAAGCAUGAUUCUUUACCCGUGGGGCAAUAAUGGUUCUCUGUCUCAUAACGCCUUUUCUGUUCACACCGUUGGCAUCGAUAUGGCUGAUGCUAUUAAUAAAUUAUCGCUGCCACAUUUCCCUAAUUACGUGGUAGGCAACGCAAUGCUUACUGUCGGCUAUGGCUCAUCAGGAGCCGCUGAAGAUUAUGCUCAUUAUAGGGGAGUUCCAUUGACUUAUACAUUUGAACUACCAGGUUUCGAAAACAAAGAUACAGAUGAAUAUCUUGAUGGUUUCAAUUUGGAUCCUAUUUAUAUUCAUCAGGUCUGUGUGGAAACCUGGGAGGCUUUUGUCAUUGGGGCUAGAAGGGCUGGUGAUUUGUAUGGAAAAAAGAAUCUGUAA